GCGGACUUGCUAGAAUGAGCCUGCCAGACGCCAGUCUGGGAGACGGCGGACGGUGAUGGCCGCGGAGCCAACGAGGCAGUGGACCGACGAGCAGCUGCGGAGCGAGGAUGUAGCUAAAAAGGACAUCAUCCAGUUUUUGCAGCAGAAUGCCUCGGACCCGUUUUUAGGUGAAUAUAAGUUAAUGGGAAAUAUCAAGAAUGUUGCCAAGACUGCAAAGAAGGAACAGCUAAUAAAUGCCUACAAUCACCUUUUUGAAACUAAGAGAUUUAAGGGCACAGAAUCCACAGAAAAGGUCACCCAGCAGCUUAAAGAUGUGAAAGUGGGGGCGGCUCAGGACAAAGUAAAGGCGAAAAAAACUGAAUUGCCUGCAAGUGAGGAACCACCAAAGUAUACCAAAACAAUGUUGCAAAAAGGUGACAAAAUCAACUUUCCCAAGAAGGGCGACACGGUUCACUGCUGGUAUACGGGGAUGUUAGAAGAUGGGACCGUGUUUGACUCAAAUGUUGCUUCUGGCUCAAAAAAGAAGAAGGCAGCUAAGCCUUUCAGCUUUAAAGUUGGAGUUGGAAAAGUUAUCCGAGGGUGGGAUGAAGCACUCCUGACUAUGAGUAAAGGAGAAAAGUCCCGGAUACAGAUUGAAUCUGAUUGGGGUUAUGGUAAGAAAGGACAACCAGAAGCCAAGAUUCCACCAAAUGCUAAACUUAUUUUUGAAGUUGAGCUCGUAGAUAUUGAAUAACCCCAAAUCAUGCUUGAGAAUAUUACCUCUAAACUGUCCACUGUUGCUCAAAAAGAUCUCUGUAGAUCAAGUUAAUUGAAUACUAAAAUAUGCAUCUUCUGGACAAAAUUGUGAAUUUGUACAAAGCCUACGUGAAUUUCUGUAUGAUUACCUACUAUGCUGAUGGUGGAAUGAUGCUUGGAACAAGAUUAAAAACUGCCAGACAAAAUAAAGCUGUUUUGGAGCCUCCAAAGAUAUUCUAAACUGAAUUGUGUUGUUUUACUGAAAGAUAACAUUUUGUAUUGUGUUGUUAUUUAUCAGCUUUUCAUACCUCUACAAAUUAUGCAUUGAUACGUUCUCUUAAGGGGAAUGUUAUGAUUAAACAACCUGGCAGCA